AGAGAGAGAAAGAGAGAGAGAGAGAGGUGGUGAAGGAUCAGCCGAAGUGGCAGACCAGUUAGAAGGAUGCUGGAGGGCAAUGCCUGCAGAAAGAGAGGAUGAAAUUUGUCGAAAGGCGCUGGAACUGCUCUCCGAAAUGUGCUCUAAGGGAGAGGUGCAAGACGAGCACUGCCUGGAUUUCAUUUACUACUUCAGGGACCUGGCCAGACCGCGUUACACAGACUCAGAUGUAUCGGUGAGCCUUUUGUCCCUGCUGGUCACCACCUGUGGUUUGGCUCUAUUCAGCGUCUCCCUCUUUGUCUCAUGGAAGUUAUGCUGGGUGCCACUGAGUGGCCGUUUCCUCCCAGAUGUCUUCAAGGGGGCACACUGCUUGGGUGGAGACCAACAGCCCGUCCUCACAGAGGUGGAGGGGGAGGAAAGGGAGUACAGCGAGGACGGCUGUGUGAAGGAGCCUUCAGGACCCCCCUCGGCUGUGGCUGUCCCAGAGUCAGGACUAAAGAUAAGCCACACGUCACCGGACAUCCCCCUGGAGACCCAGGCCAAACUGGAGAAAAACCAGGUCCACACCCUGGCCAGGGACAGGGUCCAGAGACAGAUUACUGAGCCUACCUCAUCUGUACGGCACAACUCCAUCCGUCGUCAGAUGAACUUGUCCAAUCCAGAUUUCAACCCUGCUCAGUUCCAGCGUCAAGAGUCACUGUCUGGUUUGGGCCGAAUCAAACCAGAACUCUACAAACAGCGAUCAGUCGAUGCAGAAGAUGGACGUUGCACAGACAGCUGUGGGCGUCUCCUCUUCGUUCUGAAGUUUGACUUUGACCUAGAGCAGCUGAUCGUGAAGAUCCACAAGGCUCAGGAUCUUCCGGCAAAGGACUUCUCAGGGACCUCCGACCCUUAUGUCAAGAUCUACCUGCUGCCUGACCGCAAAACCAAGCACCAGACCAAGGUGCACCGCAAGACACUCAACCCAGUGUUCGAUGAGGUGUUUCUCUUUCCUGUGGCGUACGCCGAGCUGUCAAGCCGUAAACUGCACUUCAGCAUCUACGACUUUGACAGGUUCUCUCGCCAUGACUUGAUUGGCCAAGUGGUUGUGGACAACUUCCUGGAUCUUGCCGACUUUCCCCGGGAGACAAAGCUGUGCCGGGACAUACAUUAUGUAACCUCGCACAAUGUGGACCUAGGAGAGCUGAUGUUCUCGUUGUGCUAUCUCCCCACGGCUGGCAGACUCACCAUCACCAUGAUCAAGGCCAGAAAUCUCAAAGCCAUGGACAUCACUGGAGCUUCAGAUCCAUAUGUGAAAGUGUCCUUGAUGUGUGAAGGCCGGAGGCUAAAGAAGAGGAAGACGUCAACCAUGCGUAACACUCUAAACCCAUUGUACAAUGAAGCCAUUGUGUUUGAUGUUCCUCCUGAGAAUAUCAACCAGAUCAGCCUGCUCAUAGCUGUCAUGGACUAUGAUCGGGUCGGACAUAAUGAAGUGAUCGGGGUAUGCAGGGUGGGCAAUGAGGCUGAGAGCCUGGGGCGAGACCACUGGAAUGAGAUGCUGACAUACCCACGGAAACCCAUUGCACACUGGCACCCGCUAAUGGAGUGGGUCGGACAGGGAGCGACGGUGAGUGGAAGCCAAGGAGGAUCCACCAAUUCCCUGAAGCUACCACCAUCACCAUGACCACACACACACACACACACACACACAAGGUGUGACUAACAAGCAAAUACAGUAGCAGGAUCAGCUAAAAACCAUUACUUAAGCUGUUAUAUCUAUUAGACUGAACAAUGUUUUGUGUGCUAAAACUGCUGCAAAAGUUAAUAUCCACUUCUUACCUCCUAAUUUGUCUUCACAACCAAAAAUCACUUAACAACAUUCCAACUGACUUACUAGUACUUUGAUGUGUCACUUUAAGUUGUUACUGACAGUAUCAAAAGGUUGAGAUUAUCUAACUAUCUAGGUCAAGCUAUUUUUUAACAAAUUUUUGUGGACCAAAAUCAUUAUGUUAUAGGUAUAAUCUGUAGCUUGUGAUUUGUGUAUGUGAUCAGGUAUCAUAGAUGCAGGAAGAGAUAAGGCCCAAACACAUUGAAAGCAUCUGACUCAUGUGUUUUUAAGUACAAAAAGUACCUUUUGUUUUAAGUGGCAUAAUACACACCAAAAGCAUUAUGAGGUGACGUGCCUACUCCGACCUUUUUUCCAUUUUGGAGCUUCUAAUGAGGUCCCAGCAACCAAAUCUGUUUUUUUCUGCAGUACCUGUUUGGUGAGAGCUAAAAGAAAUAAAAAAGUAAGGAUUUUUUCCCAGAGGACAAUACUUUAUUAAAUACCUGCUGCUGUCCCUAGAGUCUGGCAAGCUAAAUGUAGGCUGGUGGAUAUUAUGAGUUUCUUCAAAAAAGCUGGAGCUGGGUUGUCUGGGGAGAGUCACGGAGCAGGAUGUAUUAGUUUGGGCCAGGCUGAUGCAGAGAAUAACCCCAGCACCAUAGCAUCUCCCUCCCUUCCCUCUCUCGCCGUGUGAACGACAGGCAGUGAGUGACUGAGUUACUGUGGUUACAACCAUCUGUGUCAUCAGGUAAUUUUGUCAUGGGGUACCUGUAGUAGGCUAUAUAAAAAUGUUGCUUAAAUAGCGUCCUUUUCCUAAAAUACUGCUGGUUCUGUGUGUUGGCAUUUCAUAUCUGAUGCCGGGAGUGCGACAGAGGAGUAUUAAUUGAAGCUCGUCAAAUGAGGACUGUCAAUUAUGCUUUCAGUGUAUUUGCCCCUUUAGACAGGUUAGGUUACAGAAUUAUAAAUGACAGAGAGGGCAUUCCUGAAAGUUUAUUGCUCUUGGACAUUUUAUUGGCUAAUGUGUUAAACAUUUAAAUUUCUAAUGCAUUGGUAAAGUGCUGCUUAAACUCAACAAAGGAGAGUUUCUAAGGGGCACACAGAGAAGCUUUUUGAUGCAAACGCACAUGUCUUGCAUUGUUUGGGCCGACCGUCCAAACCAGUGGUCUCAACCUUUUUGGUGCCAGUGCCCCCCUAUCGCCCCGAUCAAAAAAAUCUAAUCAUUGAAUGACAAACAACACAUGUAUUAGUU